AUGUCUAGUUCAGGUCCAGGCAGUAUAGCCGUGUUAUCCUGGAACGUAAACGGUUUUAAGACGAGAAGGAUGGAUCUGGAGGAUCUCAAAGUGGAACAUUCUCCGGACGUCCUAUGUCUGCAGGAGACUAAAACCCCUUCGGACAGCAGGAUGGCGCUCCUAGGCUAUAACGUCUACAGAUAUGAUAGAGACACUCCUUACGGAGGGGUCGCUAUCCUUAUUAGACCAGGAGUCGCCCACUGUUUUCUGGGGACGGAUUCGGGAAUCACGAUGGAUAACAUCUUCAUUGAGCUGAGCACUGUAGAUGGUCCUGUCAAGAUCACCUCUCUACAAGCCCCCGCUACAAUAGCUAGACCGAGAGGACAUCCGGUUACUGGUUGGAUCAGAUGUGCCAGCGAUAGCGCUGGGAGACCUUAA